AGUCGAAGCUGGGUGUCGCAGCCGCCCCGACCACGGCCGAUCAUGCGCCGCCGUCCCGGGCUCGCCCGCCCCGCCGGGCUUUGAGCCCCCCACGCCCUGGCCCGGCCCGGCCCGCGCGCCAUGGGCAGCGCCCACCCUCGGCCCUGGCUGCGGCUCCGACCCUGGCCCCAGCCGCGGCCCGCACUCUGCGCGCUUCUGUUCCUCCUGCUGCUGGCUGCCACGGUGCCCAGGUCGGCACCCAAUGACAUCCUGGGCCUCCGCCUGCCGCCGGAGCCGGUGCUCAAUGCCAACACCGUGUGCCUGACGUUGCCAGGCCUGAGCAAGCGGCAGAUGGAGGUGUGUGUGCGCCAUCCCGACGUGGCCGCCUCAGCCAUCCAGGGGAUCCAGAUUGCCAUCCACGAGUGCCAGCACCAGUUCCGGGACCAGCGCUGGAACUGCUCUAGCCUGGAGACCCGCAACAAGAUCCCCUAUGAGAGCCCCAUCUUCAGCAGAGGUUUCCGAGAGAGCGCCUUCGCCUACGCCAUCGCAGCAGCCGGUGUGGUGCACGCAGUGUCCAAUGCGUGCGCCCUGGGCAAACUGCGGGCAUGCGGCUGCGACGCGGCACGGCGCGGGGACGAGGAGGCCUUCCGCAGGAAACUGCACCGCCUGCAGCUGGACGCCCUGCAGCACGGGAAGGGCCUGAGCCACGGGGUCCCCGAGCACCCAGCCCUGCCCCCUGCCAGCCCGGGCCUGCAGGAUUCCUGGGAAUGGGGAGGCUGUAGCCCCGACGUGGGCUUUGGGGAGCGCUUCUCUAAGGACUUUCUGGACUCCCGGGAGCCCCACAGAGACAUCCACGCACGCAUGAGGCUCCACAACAACCGAGUCGGGAGGCAGGCGGUGAUGGAGAACAUGCGGCGGAAGUGCAAGUGCCACGGCACGUCAGGCAGCUGCCAGCUCAAGACGUGCUGGCAGGUGACGCCGGAGUUCCGCGCCGUGGGGGCGUUGCUGCGCGGCCGCUUCCACCGCGCCACGCUCAUCCGGCCGCACAACCGCAACGGCGGCCAGCUGGAGCCGGGCCCGGCGGGGGUCCCCUCGCCUGCCCCCGGCACCCCGGGCCCGCGCCGCCGCGCCAGCCCCUCCGACCUGGUCUACUUCGAGAAGUCGCCCGACUUCUGCGAGCACGACCCGCGCCUGGACUCGGCGGGCACCGUGGGCCGCCUGUGCAACAAGAGCAGCGAGGGCCCCGACGGCUGCGGCAGCAUGUGCUGCGGCCGCGGCCACAACAUCCUGCGCCAGACGCGCAGCGAGCGUUGCCACUGUCGCUUCCACUGGUGCUGCUUCGUGGUGUGCGAGGAGUGCCGCAUCACCGAGUGGGUCAGCGUCUGCAAGUGAGCACCCGGGCCUUCUGGGGCCUGGCUCCCCGCGGCCGUUGGCUCCUGCAGCAGGAGGAGGCGGACCGGAAAUAUCCUCUGGGAACCUGCCAGCUCGGAGGUUCAGCUCACCUGCAGUCAGGGGACAGUCGAGGCCCGUCUGCACCUCACAACUCACUUCUGUGGGCUCCAGGACCGA